GAAUUCGACUUCCCCUCCACUUUGCAGCUCUUCGCCUCUUCCUCCGGUAACUGAAUUCGUCAGCCUCCUUCGACCUAUUACCUAGUUUCCCCCUUCAGUCGCUCCCGCGCUCUCUAGGGCUCCCCUUCUGUUUAAGCUUGUAGAGUACUCGGUUCGACCAAGCAGCGAUUUGCCAUGGAGGAGGACUCGGAGACAAGAAGAGACAGACUGAAAGCCAUGCGGGAGGCGGCAUCGGCAGCCACCGACGCUAAUUCUUCCGGUGGUCUCCCGACUUUUGAUGCAACGCCCGUCGCUCUCGCCAACCCGCUGCUCGACAGACCCUCGGAGAUGGACACGCGUGGCGCUCCGCGGUUUGAUUUCUACACUGAUCCUAUGGCGGCCUUUUCUGCUACUAGGAAUAGGAAUUCUCCGGGAGACAUAGGACCUCCCGAAUCACGGGCUCCGUCUCCCUGGCCAGGACCAAGAAACUCGAUCCCUACAUCAGCUCCUCCAUAUAUACAAGGCCAUCAUCCAGUUAAUCAAGGGAUGAUGUACCAACCGAGAAGUCCUUAUGAUGGUGUUGCUUCAUAUGGGAGACAAGGUGGUAUCAGAAGCCCUUUCCCAUUUCAUCAAGGACCUCCUCUCCAAGCUCCAAAUCCGCAAUAUCAGGGAAAUACUAACUAUGGACCAGCAAGAAGCCCUGGUUUCAAUCAGGGGCUAGGAAAUGCCACAUGGAUGGGUAAUAAUCCUCGUCCGAGAUCAGGGUAUGGAGGUCAUCAACAAGUUCCCAGUGGAGGCCAGGGCCGAGGCCAAGGGAAUUUUCAUGGUGGCAAUAGAAACCCAGGUUUUGGACGUAACAGUGGGAGAGGGAGGGGUUUUCACAACAAUCAUGGCUCUAGAUACACCGGGGAAAUGAGGCCAGAACAAUUUUAUCAUCCUUCUAUGAUGGAAGAUCCAUGGGAGGGUUUAGAGCCAAUUGAAUGGAAAGGAAAAGGAAUAGACUCAUCACAGUCUUGGAUGCCACGGUCCAUUGCCACAAAAAAGGCACGAGUUUCAGAACCUUCUAUAAAGUCCAACACUGAACAAAGUCUUGCAGAGUACCUUGCUUCUUCAUUUAACGAAGCUUCCAACGCUGAUCCGAGCACUUGAUGCUUAAGUUGUGUGACUGAUCUAACUGCUGGUUUCCAUGCUGUUGAAGAUGCAGGACUGGAAUCUCAAGAAGAGCUAUUAAGAUCAUUUGCUAGGUGAAGAUUCCCUAGUGAAGUUCAGUCCCCUACUAGUGUCUGUGCUGUAAAGUAGAAAAGUUUGUUGGAAAAAAGAUGUGUGGAACAUAGAAUGGGAAUGACAGUAAGGCUGGAGGUAGAGCUUGCUUCCUUCCUCUUCAUGGCGCAGAAUCUAAGUCAGUUGAAUAUAGCCCCACUGGUGUAUUCCUUUCAUACUCGAAGCUACUGAUCCUGAUCGAAAUUGUCAUCUCUGCUGCACUUUUGUUCUUUUCAUUGUAAUUUCGUCCUUUCAAUUGUAUUCCAUUCCUAGGUAAAGGUUCAUUCAACCAAACUGAAUUGUGUUG